AAUUUCCAUGUCUAUGUUUUCCGUGUUCUUUGGCAUUAUUGAACGUAUGAAUUUUCGUCCUGUAUACUCUUAAUAUUUUCUACUACAGUUUCAUUUUAUUAACUUAUAUACGAAAUUAAAUUCGCUGUUAUUAUGGCUAAUCGAACCUCUGCAAGACGAAUUCCAGAAAAUGAUUCUGUCAUAACCUAUGUUCAAACAGAUGGAUUGGCGGUGAUGAAAAUGGUUAAACAUUGUCACGAAGAAUCUCUAGGUGGCUUAGAUGUUGCUCAAGGUGCAUUACUGGGUUUGGUUGUAGAUUCCAGGCUGGAGAUAACCAAUUGUUUUCCUUUUCCCAAGCAGCAUGAUGAACAAAUGGAUGAAGAGGAAUAUCAAUUAGCUAUGAUGAGACGUCUACGUCGAGUAAAUGUUGAUCAUUUUCAUGUUGGAUGGUAUCAGAGUGCUGAUGUUGGAAAUUUUCUCUCAUUGCCUUUAUUAGAGUCGCAAUAUCAUUAUCAAACCAGUAUUGAAGAAAGUGUGGUAGUCAUCUAUGACACUCAAAAGUCUGCUAGAGGCUUCUUGACUUUAAAAGCUUAUAGACUUACCCCACAGGCUAUUGCAAUGUACAAAGAAGGCGAAUUCACCCCUGAUGCUCUUCGCAAUUUGAAAAUUGGCUAUGAAAGCCUAUUUAGUGAAGUUCCCAUUGUGAUAAAAAAUUCACCAUUAACAAAUAUCAUGAUGUCUGAACUGGCAGAAAUGGUUCCAGAAGAGCAAGCAACAAAAUUUUUGGAUUUAGGCACGGCUUCUGUUUUAGAAGGGCAGCUGCGUUGCUUAAUGGAUCGUGUUGAUGAAUUGAAUCAGGAAGCAAUCAAAUUCAAUCGAUUCCAACAACUAGUUGUUCGUCAGCAACAAGAUAAACAUAGGUACACUCAAAAACGAAUGCAAGAAAAUGCAGCACGUAUUGCAAAAGGUGAACCACCAUUGCCAGAUGAGGACAUUAAUAAAAUAUUCCGUCCCCACCCUGUGCCACCAAGGCUAAAUCCAAUGAUUGUGUCAGGUCAAAUAAACACAUAUACACAACAUAUAUCCCAGUUUUGCUCCCAGAGUUUAGCUAAGCUUUACAUUACACAAGCUCUUCAAAGUGCAAAGGAAAACACUCUUCAGAGUUCUCAAAGGGAGUAAAUGUACCUUGAGUUUAUUGCUUAAUAAAUUUAUAUGUGAAUGUAUAAAAUUGAUUUACUUUAAAAUUUUCUU